AUGAGCUCGGUUCGUGAAAUAGAAAUCAGCGAAGCUAUCUGUGGCAAGACUAGCCUUUAUUCUUUCCCUUCUCAAAGCGCUACUAACGCAAAUACCAUGAAGCUUCCGCAAUGCUCGUUAUCAGAACCAAUUCUCAGGAUACGAAAUCUCUCAAAAAUAUACAAAAUGCCAGGACGAGAGGAGUCUGUUAUUGCACUGAAAAGUAUCAACUGAAAUUAAAUAAGCUAAUAACGUGCCUUUCAUAAAUGCUAACUCCUCUCCCUUCAGUGAGAAUCAAGUGCAGGAGCAAGGGAUAUGCAUUUGGGUAGGUUUUAGCUGCUUUCCUGUGGUUGGAUAUUGAGAUACUCAACAAAAUACUUUGAAUCGGAAGACCCAUGGGCAUUCCUUGACCAAGAAACUGGGGAUUUCUGUUCAGGACAUAGGGGAGUAGUCUUUUUCUGUAGCAGUCUAAGGAAGCCACUUCGGCGCCGACAAACUCCAAGGAAUUGAUUCAUGGAAUCAAGCUACUCCAAUCGCCUGUAGAAAUCUAAAGACAUCCAAUCAAGACUGAAGAAGCUACCGGAAGUGGCAUUCACCUUCGGGGAAAGAUGCUCUGGGCUGGAAUCGAAAAGCGAAUGAACUCUUACAUGGGAGGUCUUUGGUGAUUGCGUCACAAAUAUGGCUUACGCCUAUUUUUAAUAUCUAACCAUAUCUAGCCUAACUCCCCUCCGUGAGCGAACUUUUGCAUCUUCUGUGAGCGGACAAAAAUUUUUUAUGGAAAAAAUAUUUGGAUAUAUAAGUGAUAAUUAUUAUAAUGAAAUCUCUAGCUAAUUUUGCUUAAUUUUUAACAGUUUUCAUUUUAAAACAUAAAUUUUACAACAUUAAAUUAAUUUUAUUCUCAAUUUUUUUGAAUGGGAUAUUUUUAAAUUUUGAAAAAAAAAAUUACUAUAAAAUUUAUAUAUAUAUAUUUUUAAAAUAAUUAAUCCCCUCUUUGAUCGAUUAAAAUGCCUCUUUCCUCACAGAGGGGGAGUAACAUAAUAGUUUUCUAUCAUAAUUUGGUAAGCCAAAAUAAUUAUUAAACUAGCUAGAAGGAUUAAUAUAUAGCCUACUAGCAAUUUGGCUCAAAAAUUCAAUAUGCAGCGUUUGGAUGCCAUUUUUAAAUUCUGAGAUAUCAUUUUAUUAAAGUAUCAAUCUCGUCGAAUCAACUGAAUUCGGCCCAAUUCGUGAAGGCGAAUUCAUCAUAAUUCGUGGACCAUCUGGAGGUGGCAAAACUACUCUUCUCAACAUGAUUGGGACUAUCGACACCCCCACUGAAGGCGAAAUCGAGCUAUUUGGGACGUUUAUCUCUAAAAAUUCCUCUAACUUCCCACCCCCAAUAAUAACAAAUUCUUGCUUUUUUGUGGUAGAUUUUUGCACAAAAUUUUAUAUGAAUAGUUCGAAAUUCGCUCGGCAAACUGCCCAAAAUUUACAUUUUCACUUUUUAUCGAAAGUCCCAGAAAAUAAGCAAAUUUAGAUCUAUUGAUAUAAAAUUUACUAUUUGAAAAUUCCCAUGAAUUACAAGAUUUGCUUAUUACUAGGAGGAGUGACAGCUAUUUAUCCAAGCUCAGACUUGAACAUAUAGGUUUUGUGUUCCAGUCGUUUAACUUACUCGCUACUAUGACAGCGUUCGAAAACGUUGCUCUUCCUAUGAACCUACUAGGAAAACUGAAUAAAAAAGAAAUCAGACUGAAGGUCAGAAGCUUAUUGACAAAAGUAGGGCUUCAGGACAGGAUGGACCAUUUACCCUCAGAACUAUCUGGAGGUGAGCAGCAAAGAGUUGCUAUAGCAAGAGCUCUUGCAAACAGUCCCGAAUUGCUGCUGCUAGAUGAGCCUACUGGAGAUUUAGAUAGCCGAAGCACUGUAGAUGUCAUGAAUUUACUAUUAGAUAUAAAUAUGGGGAAGACUGGAGAAAGGCCUACUACCUGCAUUAUGGUUACACAUAAUCCUGAACUUGAGUGUUACGCUGAUAGAAUUUUGUACGUGAAGGAUGGGGAAUUCCAAUUCCAAGCCUACAAUAGUGAAAAAACACCUUUGGUUUAUGAAGAUUAUGUCGCAUUUUUAGAUGUUAAUCCUUAA